AUGGCAUACGCGGCGAUGGAGACGGGCUGUUUGCCGCUCCUCGCGGCCUCGUGUGCCGCGGUGGCUCUCAUGGUGGUCGCUUCGAUGGGGCUGGGGUCGACGUGGGGCCGCGACCCGGUAUUCCACCACCUGGAGCACAAGUGGAUGGCGGAGGACCAGGAGAUCGCGCGGAGGGGCCUGAUUCCGCCUAGAAACGCGACGGAGAGUGCGGAGCCGGUGUCGGGGAAGUGCGUCAAGCUGUUCAACUUCGGGAUACACAAGACGGGCACCACGACGUUCAACGGGUUCUUCCGGCGGAUGGGGUUCCGCGCCCGGCACCUCGACUGGAUACCCAAAGACGCGAAUAUUCUGGACGUCAUGACCGACCUGGCAGCGUUCAGCGCCCACAACGGGGCCGUCACUGACGACAACAUUCUCAUGAGCGCGAUUUUGCGCAACCAGGUGUUCAGCGACAGCCCGUUCAACGCGCUGUUCCGUGAGAUCACCGCGCUGUACAAGGACUCGGCGUGCUACGUGAUGACGACGCGCGAAGAAGCGCCGUGGCUCGCGUCGCUGCGGCGGCAGCUCGGGAACUGGGCCGUGGACGCCUCGCCGUCGAGCUUCCCAGAAGACUCCAAUUUCCGAACGCUCGCGACGUUCCGACGCUUCUUCUACGGCGCGACAGGCUUCGACGCCGGCGCGGCGCUGCGCGCCAGGCACGCCCACGAGCGCGCCCUCCGCCAGCACUUUGCGGCGGCCGGGCUGGACCUCGUGGAGGUGCCCCUGGAGUGGAGCGACGCAGACAAGUGCAGCGCACUCUGCGACGCUGCAGGGCUAGAGGCCGCGGCGUGCGACUGCGGCCUCAUGGUCCACGAGAACGUCACCGGCGCGCGGAACUAG